AUGAAAAGACACGUUGUCACAGAAAGUUACUGCCCAGUAUGCAAGCUGGAGUGUGAAACAACUGAGCAUGCCCUUUGGAGCUGUGAGGCUACUAAGGAUGUGUGGAGUCAGGGCAGGAGGAAGAUCCAAAAGUUGAGUCUAAACUGUGCAUCCUUUAAGGAAACCUGGGGUCAUCUUAGUCAACAUCUACAAGGGGAGGAGCUAAUGGAAGUGGCAGUAAUAUGUCGUCUUCUAUGGACCAGAAGAAAUGGAUUCAUUCAUGGGAAGGGUUUCAUGCACCCAAACCAGGUUCUAAGCAAAGCCUUUGGUGAAAUAGAGGCUUACAAAUCCAGCCAGGACCACCAAGCCCUUAGUGCUACUCGGGGGCUAGUGGGGAUUGGUGCCAUUUUGAGAGAUCACCUGGGAAGAAGCAUCGGUACUCUUCAGGCCAGGAGGGAGCUGAAUUUGAAUCCUUUCAGUGGGGAAGCUUAUGCCUUAAUGAUGAGUGUCGUUUUUUGUAGGGAUAUUGGUGUCUCUAAUCUGGUAGUCGAGGGAGAUUCUUUACAAUCAUCAAGCUUCUUAAUGGCAGUUCCCUCGACUGUAGUUAUGGUGGAUUGA